CUUAUACUGAUAUAGUGGAUAGGCUGCAUGACCCAUAGGCGACAUACUAGCAAAUUCGGCAGGAUUUGGCAUUAUGCAUAGAACCUAUCUCCUAGUGCAUUUUUGUAACUGUAAUAAACGUUGUAGCAGCUUCUAUAUCCUGUAAAUAGACAACAUCAAUGCAACAACACCGGAAGGGUUUCGCGAACACGGAAAGUGUAUAACUGGCCUGAGGAGGCCAAUUAAGGAUGAGACCGCACGUUUGCAUCCCAUCGGGGUGUCAGCAAUGGGUGUCGAAGACUGUUGCCGUGGGUGUCGACAAGUUUGCCUACAUGAGCUCUUUAGCGAUAUACGUCCAUUCGUCGCAAACCUACCUGCCGCUGGCUAUCCUUGCCAAGCAUGAGAAGCACUUGUCUGCUCUGGCUAUGUCACCUUACGACGCCAAUUUGCUGGCGUGCGCCAUCAGUAACCAUGAGCUACGGUUGUACGAUGUGGAUACGGAGCUCCCCAUCUCCAGUGUGAAGUACUCUUCACCGAAGGCAACCGUUUCUAUACUGGAAUGGCAUCGCAGCCAGCCCGGCAUCCUGCUCGCUGCCGUGGGGUCUCACCUGUACGCCUGGGACGUCUCCGCCGCCUGCAGCCUGCACGGCAGCGGAACCGCCGCCACCGCCAACAGCACUGCCACCACCAACACCAGCAACGGCAACACAGGCAAUGGCAGCAACAACACCAGCAGUGGCGGCGGCGCUGGCUACACUGUCGCAGCGCCGCCGCCUCCGCAGCCUGCGCCCCCUCCUCAGCCGCCCCCUCGUUCCAUGCUCAUGCGGCUGAAGGGCGCCCGCGGCGGGGCAGCAGCCGACGGAUCGCCCUCCGCCUCCUCCUCCCCCUCCUCCUCCGCGCCCUCGGCCCCCCAUGUGGGCCGCUGGGUGUUCCUGCGCGACCUGGGGGCCGUCAUCACCGCCAUAGACCAGUGCGCCUCUCCCGCUGCUACCACCGCCACCGCCACCGCCACCACCUCACCAGCUGCUGCUGCAGGUGCUGCCAGCGGAGGCGCCGCCGCCGCCUCCGGCGGCGCCACGCAGCUCGCCGUCGCCACCGCCGGCUCCCGAGUGGUACUGCUGGAGUUGCAGCCCUCAGGCCUGGCAGUGCGUCGUGAGGUACGGAGCAUAACCCUGCCGGACGCCGCAACAGGCGGUAGCGGCAGCGGCAGCGGCUCCGCCACCACCGCCCCCUCCGCCAUCAGCUCCGUGAGUUGGGAGCCGCUGUCGGGCAGCGGGCUGCUGCUGGUGGUCACCCGCGGCGGCACCAUGGCGCUGUACGACGCCAGCAGCGGGGAGGUCGUACUGCAGUACGGCAAGCAGCCGGCAACUGCGGCGCGCUUCACGGCCUUCCUGCCCUCCCAGCCGGGCAACUUCCUGUGCUCCUCCAGUCGCAGCGGCGCGCUGCAGCUGUACAACGUCAGUCAGCCGCACCCGCUGAGGAUGCUGAAGCUGGGUGGCGGACUGGUGCAGGGCUUCACGCUGAUCAAUCCCCGUCAGCAGCAUCAACAGUCGGGGGCACCAGCAGCAGCAGCAGCCACGUCAGCCAGGCGCGGCGCCGCCUCGCUGGCGCUGGUGUCGUUCGGCGACGGCAGCUUGUGUGUGUACGACCUGGCUGGGCAGCAGGUGGUGUGGCGACAGGAGGGCGGACACACGGAGACCAUCUUCGACUGCCGCUUCUGCACCACGGACCCGGACCUGCUGGCCACCGCGUGCUUCGAUUCCAUCGUGCGGAUCUGGGACGUGCGCAGCGGCCGCUGUGUGCGCCAGCUGGCGGGCGCGGAGGGCAUCCUCUACUCGCUCAGCUGGUCGGCUGACGGGCGGCUGCUGGCCGCCUGCAACGACGUGGGCGCGGUGUACCUGUACGACAUGGCUCGGGGGCUGCUGGUGAAGGCGCUGAGGCAGCACGCCAAGCAGGCGCUCAAGGUAUCCUUCCACCCCACCAAGCCCACGCUGCUGGCCUCCGCCUCCAUCGACGGCACCGUCGUGGUCUUCUCCGCGGACGGCGACACGCACCGCACCCUGCGCCACUUCGCACCCGUGGCGGGCCUGGCGUGGAGCUGCUGGGCAGGGGGGGGCGGGGGCGGGGGCGGGGGAGGUGGUGCUCCCGCCCACCAGCUGCUGGCCACCUGCUGCGACACGGGCCAGGUGCACGUGUGGGACCUGCAGCGGCCCACGGAGGACUGCCUGGUGCGCACGCUGGAGCGGCAUGCCUCCCGCGCCUUCCACCUGGAGUUCUCCCCGCUGCUGCCGCACACGCUGCUCAGCUCCUCCAACGACCGCACGGCGAGGGUGUGGGACGUGGCGGCGGGGGACUGCACGGCGGUGCUGCAGGGUCACACUGCGGAGGUGCGGGCGGUGGCCUGGCACCCCGAGGUGGCGCACAUCUGCUUCACGGGCUCCUGGGAUGCCACCAUCCGCGUGUGGGACGUGCGCUCCGGCGCCUGCCUGCACGUGGCCUCCGACCACCACGCCGACGUGUACGGACUGUCCUGCCACCCGCGCCGCCCCUUCCUGCUGGCCUCCUGCUCGCGCGACACCACCUUGCGCCUGUGGAGCACACUGGAGCUCACCCCGCACCUACUGCCGCAGGCCCUGGUGCGGCCGCUCUCCGAGCUGCGCGCUGCCCCCCAGGAGGCGCUGCAGCGGCCCCCCGCCGCCCCCGCACUGCUGUCAGGCGCAGGCAGCAGGGAGCUGGCGGAGAGGCUGGGGGCAGCGGCGGCGGGAGGAGGAGGAGGAGCAAGAGGUGGCGGCGGUGGCGGCUGCAGCCCCCUGGAGCGGCUGGCAGCGCUGUGCGAGUUCUUCCUGCCGCCAGCCUGUAUGGACGUCUUCUGGGACCUGGCGCACACCGUGCGUCGCGGCGGCGCCGCCACCACACCUGCCGAUGACGGUGGCGGCGCCAGCGGCGGCACGAGUGGAGGCCUGCUGCUGCCGUCCAGCCGCCAGCGCUUCAGCG